AUGUCGCUUUCGGGAAUAGACACUGGCGGCUUGACGCUAGGUUCCUCAACACUCAGCGCACUAACUUCGCGAACCAGCGGUUUCAACUCCUUGUCCAUAACAUCAGUAGAACUGUCCUCGCCCGUAAUCUUCUCCGUAACAGGUAAAACACUGGAACGUUUUUCCUCGUACAUUUUGGAAGAGAUACCGAUGCUCUUCAACGCGGGGACUUUCAACAGGGUGUCAGUGUCCGGAACAGCGGUUCCUUCGGACGACGCCUUGACGUUCUUACUUGGCUCCUCGGCCUCUCUCCGUUUUUUGUUUCUUCUUUUCUGGUGCUUCUUCGUUUUCGGUGGAUUCGCACAGCGGUCUUUGCCAAACGAAAUCUUGAACGGCUUGUACUUGUUCUCGAAUGAAGUGUGCACCGCGUCGCUUCCUGGUCCAUUGAAAUCCUCCACCGCGUUGAUACACGACAUGAUGUUCAAGAAGUUCACAAACGCACAUUGUCCGUCUCUGAAGAAGUUGAUCUGCUCCACCUCGCCAAAGAUCGAGAAAUCCUUGCGCAGCGUGUCUGCGUCUGGAAUGACUGGACGGUCUGUCAGAUCUUCUUCGUCACCUUCCGGACGAGGCUCGGUUCCGAUAUACAGGUUUCUGGAAGCCCCAUGCUUCUCGAUCGCGUCUGCAAUCUCUGGGUCCAGCGGACCAGAAUGCUUUCCCCAGUCAACCUUGACUCUUCUCCCGUGA